ACUGUCUCCCUGACACACACACUCACACAGAGGGAGGCUGAUAACUGUGAUUCCGCUGCUGAAUUUUUAACGCUGUUGUGGAACUUUUUUUUUUCCAGUCGGGUUACUGUGGCACCGGGGUACUGUUACACAGACAGAGACGGGGAGACUGGGCUCAACUCUUUUCUGUUGUUUACUGAGGCUGCACUGACCCAGACUGUGCAUGGAGUGUAUGUUCAACCCGGUCCUGAUGCUGUUACCGUAACACUAUGACCCUCAACACUCAGCGAGAGAAGGAGCCUCUGCGGCGCCGAGGUAGCACUCCAAUUCCUCCGCUUUACCAGCAGCUAACUGGGACUUGGGACCUUCAAAGGUCUGUGAGCACACAGCCAGAGCGCCCUGCUCCAACUCGCAGCCACCCUCCUUUAGGGCAGUCAGCAUCUUACCAUCCCGGAGACAAGUCCCUCCAUUACCGCGCACACUGGAGUUCUGACUCAGAUGACGACUCCCAGAGUGAAUCAGAGUGUGUUUACAGAGUGGUGUUGCUUGGCGACCAUGGAGUCGGCAAGACCAGCCUUGCAGGAAUCUUUGCCGGAAUCACGGAGAAAGAUGAACACCCUGGAGGUGGGAUUCUGUUUGUGGAACCCUUCAAUAAAUUAGGGGACAUAUAUGAGCGCACAAUGACAGUGGAUGGAGAGGAAACAACACUAAUAUUGAUGGAUACUUGGGAGAGCGAUAAAUUGAAAAAGGGAGACCCAGCUUGUCAUGAUGACUGUCUAAAGGUGGGGAGUGCUUAUGUUAUUGUUUACUCCGUCACCGACCGUUCAAGUUUUGAUUCAGCUGCUGAGCUCCGCAUCACGCUAAGGCGAGCCCGACAAGCCGAGAAUCUCCCCAUCAUUCUAGUAGGAAACAAGAGUGACUUGGUCCGGGCCAGAGAGGUCGCUGUGGAAGAGGGCCGAGCUUGUGCUGUGGUGUUUGACUGUAAAUUCAUUGAAACUUCGGCAUCUCUGCAGCAUAAUGUGUCUGAGCUGUUUGAGGGGGUGGUGAGACAGAUUCGUCUUCGUCGGGAAAGCACUGACUUAACAAGGCACAGAAACUCAAUCUACAAACGCAAAGAGAGUCUAACAAAGAAGGCUCGCCGUUUCCUGGAUCGACUGGUGGCACGAAACAACCAGCGAAUGGCAGUGAAAGUGCGCUCCAAGAGCUGCCACGACUUAGCUGUUCUUUAAGACUUCAGGACUGUUAUUGUGACUUCUUGAACGGUUGUGAUACUGCGUACUUCAGCUAUGUAUCACAAUCAGUGGGUCAACCUCAAACAAAGCUUUCAGUACAAAUGAAAUGACCAAAGGUACUCACUGUGACUACUGUAGCUGGUUCCAUUGUUUUACUGUCUUGUGUCAAAAUCAGUGUCACUUUACCUGCAAAUGGCUAUAAUUUGAAGAAUCCAGAUGGAUGUAACAGACCAUAGUUGUAUGGUUUAGCGUUGAUACGAAUGUCUGUGAAUGUGUCAGUAAAGGUGAUGUUAUUCUUCAUCAUGGAGAACCUGAUUUUCACUGUGUCCACUCUGUUGUUGUCUUAAGAUAUCUUGUUUUUAGAUC